ACUCGACACGGGGGCUGUGAUGUAGAUUCUAGGCUCGUUUUUUGAGGAGUCUCAAUUUAUCAAUUCAUCCCAUUAGCGUCCUGCUGUGUAAAGAAGGUUAAUGAGAGGACUCUGUAGUCUCGACUACCAGACAUGAUGAGCACAAGAAACUCCAUCUUUCAACUUUGUAAUGUCUUCCGGACCCUUACCCUGUCCAGAAAUGUGGCUGUUCAAACUGCUCUCCCUGCUCGAUGUUCAUCCCUCCUGUCUACUCACAAACACACCACCUUAGGAUUGAGCCAUAAGGUGUCAUUUUCCUCUCUGGUUUUUAGAGCAUCUACCGUACAGACAUUGAAUGUUGUGGAAAAAGAACGCCAUAGAGAUUUUCACACGAGUCUAACUCUAGAAAGAUUUAAACCAUGGAAGAAGACACCAGAGUACACAUUGAGACCGCUUGGGAAGAAAAGAAUUACCAGCAGAGAUCACACAGGAAGGGUAGUAUCUGGUAGAAGAGGAGGAGGUGCUAAGCGAAACUAUCGUAUGGUGGACUUCAAACGAGUUGGACCGGUUGAAGGCCCUCCUAUGGAGGAGAAGGUGCUAGCAGUCAGGUAUGACCCGAACAGGACAGCUAACAUUGCCAUUGUAGCUGGAGGGAACAAGAAGAGGUACAUUAUUGCCUCAGCUAACAUGGAGCCAGGGGAUAUCAUCAGGACCUCAGGACACAUAGGCAGGAUGACAGUGGUUGCCAACGAGGGCGAUGCUUACCCUCUAGGAGCCCUCCCCAUCGGAUCCUUGGUGCACUGCGUAGAGAUCUACCCUGGAGAGGGCGCCAUCAGGGUCAGGUCCGGAGGAACGUCAGCUCAGAUCCUACGUAAGGUCGGAGGUCAGGUCAUCCUUCAGCUGCCAUCGAAGCUACAGAUCAGUGUCAACGAGAGAUGCGUGGCAACCGUUGGUAGGGCGUCAGGGGACCAACAUAACAGGAUGGUUAUAGGCAAGGCUGGUAGGAGUCGCUGGUUUGGAAGACGACCAAGCAGCGGUCUAUGGCAGAGGAAAGGAGGAUGGGCGGGGCGGAAGAUUAAGCCCCUCCCUCCCAUCAAAGUCUACAUGGAUCCUAGCAAAAAAGGAACUCAUAUAACCGUAUAGGGGACGUAGUUUUUAGUUUAGUGUAACCUUUUUCUGUGAUAUACAUACAAUUAGAUUUUGCAAUUCCAUUCUAUCA